GCCCCGCCCCCUGCGUGUUCUGCUUCCUGGUUUCCAUGUUUUCAGAUUGGUCGAUCCCACGUGUGUGUUUGUGUUUAUGAAGGAACCUCCAGUUACUAAUAGAACCUGUUGCAAUGAGCAGUUUCUUCUGAAACCGCUAUAAAUCCCGAGUAAGAGCAGUAUAUGGAAAGUGUUGGAUGUUGAAUGAGCAGUAAUCAUGUCUCUAAGACUUCAGGAGAAAGACUCCGAGGCUUCGGUUCAGUGCGACUUCGAAAAAGAAACUGCGUCUGACAGUGACUCUGGUGACAGCUUGUUUUUGACCCAGUCUGUCACUCCGGCUCAAAGGAGGGUUAAAAGACAGCGUCCGUCUAAUACCCAGACGUGUCCCUCAAGUCAGGAGUCGGAGGAUGAGGAAGAAAAAGACAGCGACACAAGCACGAGACGGCACGAAGACUCGAAGUUGACGAGCGACUCCGACAGCAAAACCAGCUACGCCGACUUGCUUUGUAAAUGGAGAACGCUGUUAAAUGAAGAAAGUCCCCGGAAGUAUCCGAAAGCACGCCCAAGGACGAUGGUGUUACCUUUUCUGAAGAAGAAGAAUGGCUCUAAAAAGCUCAUUGCCCGCCAAAACCAAGUGAUAGCGAAUGCAGAGAUCGGUGGGUUCUUUAAGUGCAUAUUGCAAAACAGUGAAGGACACGAAGAAGAAAGACGAAGAGAGCUAAGAUCAUUACUGCCAAAUUCUGAAGGUGCUCUAGAAUGUAAAAAGGAGAGCGAAGGAGACGAUGAUGACAAGGAUGACGAGGACAUCAAAAUUGUGGAUCUCGAUUGCUUUGUUUGGGAUGUAUUGAAAAGAAAUCGACAAACAUGGCAAACAUCUCUUAAAUGGAAAAUGGGACAGGCUCCAGGAACGGUGAGGAAAUGCAGCCGAACUAGGAAAGUUGCUCAAAACGUAGUGGAACCUCAAAAAGACAAAAGUGUACACGGUAAUAACAGUCUACCUAAUAUAGAAGUGUCUCAGUCAAGCAAAAAGGGAAGGAAAAGCAGGAAAUGUCCUGCUAGGUCUUCUCUUUCUCCACAUUCUUCCCCUUCUCGUCUUUCCCCUGACAAAUCUCGUUUGGUUAGCAGUCUCUUCAUGGAUCAUCAGGAUGAACACAGUGAGAACCAGCUGCAAGUUCUAGUAGCAUGCUCAGAAUCGCAAUCCCUCGAAAGAUAUCAAGCCCAAAAUAUCCAUCAAGCGUGUGAUAACUGCAUAGAACCAAUUCAUGAAAUUGCAAUUGAGGAAACCCAGUGGUUAAGUUCAAAAGACCAGGACGAUGAUGAAACCCAAAUUUUGGAGGACAGCCCAACGGGCAAAGAAACCAUGGACGAUUUGCUCUGCUCGUUACAAGAGCACCAAAACCAUGAAGAAGUUGUUGGUGUACAUCAUGAGCCAGUGGAAAACGAAGACUUGGUGAGUGUAGGUGGGGGUUUCACCAGCUCACAGGAUCUUUUUCAAGAACCAAAUAAUCCUUUAAAAGAGACUAAAAGUCCUUUAAAAGAGACUAAAAGUCCUUUAAAAGAGACUAGAAUUGAAAAUCAUAACAAAGAAUUCUUACAAUGCUAUGUGACGCUACAAGAUGUUGAUUUAAUAACAAAGGAAAAUAGCAAUUCAUUAAUCUUAUCAGAUGUGGGGGGCAACUAUUUAGAAUCUCAGCUGGCUCAACCAAGUGAAAUUAUCUCGACAACAGCUAAAGAUACACACCAAGAAAGAAAAGAAAAAGAUGAAAAGACUUUGUAUGAUGGUGUGGAGUGUGCAUAUCCAACAGUGCCAUUAGAGGCACAGACAGGAUCCAGAGGACAUGAUUACAUAAGUCCUAGAAAGGAUUUCCUCUUAGCUGAACAGGAAGAGAAGACAGAGUCCCCACUGUUUAAUUACAGUGCCCUGAAAUUGAUGAAAAGAAAAAAAGGUAUAAAGAUUAAAGCCCCUGUGAUAUCUGAUAACCUGACACCUGUACAAGAUGAUCCAGGUGAAGGUUCUGAACCACCUUUAGAGGACACUGUCGAGUGUAAAAAAAGGAAAAAUGUCAAAAACGAUAAGUUGUUGGAGGAACCAGCUGACACCGUGCCAGAGGUAGGGGUUCCGACAGACUUAGGUUUGUUAGGUCAGAGCUGUUCCUUGGACUGUUCUUCAGUGAGUGGAAUUAUAUCGAUGAAAAAGAGACAAAUGGACAGACAUAAUAAAUUGUUGGAGGAACCUGUUGACAUCCCACCAGAAGUCAGUGUUCCUACAGAUCUAAGCCUUUCGGCUCAGGAUUAUGCCAGUGACUGUGCUUCAGUAAAUGGAAUUAAACAAAAGAAAAAGAGAAAAAAGGAGAGAAAUAAUGAGCUGUUGGAGCAACCAGUUGACCCCUUGAGAGAAGUUGGUGUUCCUACAGACUUAGGUCUGCCAGUUCAGGACUGUUCCCUUGAUUGUGCUUCAGUGGGUAUGAGUAAGCCACUAAAAAAUAGAAGUAAUGACAAAAUUAAUGAGUUGAGGGAGGAACCAGUUGAGCCCUUGCCAGAAGUCAGUGUUCCUACAGACUUGGGUAAAUCAGCUCAGGACCAUGGCAUGAAUUGUGCUUCAGAAAAUGGAAUGAAAGAAAAGAAAAAGACGAAAAAGGACAAAUAUAAGGAGUUGUUGGAAAAACCUGUUGAUCCCUUGCCAGAAGUCAGUGUUCCUACAGACUUUGCUCUAUCGGCUCAGCACCAUUCCAUCGACUGGGCUUCAGUAAAUGAAAUUAAACCGAUAAAAAAGAGAAAAAAGGACAAAAGACAUGAUUUGAUGGAGGAACCGAUUGACCUGUCACCAGAAGUCAGUGUUCCUACAGACCUAAGUGUAUCAGCUCAGCACCUUUCCAUGGAUUGUGUUUCAAUGAGUGGAGUUAAACGAAAGAAAAAGAGAAAAAAGGACAGAAAUAAUGAGCUGUUGGAGGAACCAGUUGACCCCUCACAAGAUGUCAGUGUUCCUACAGACCUAAGUCUAUCGGCUCAGGACCAUUCGAUGGAUUGUGCAUCAGUGAGUGGAAUUAAACCAAAGAAAAAUAGAAAAAAGGACAGAAAUAUUGAGUUUUUGGAGGAACCAGUUGACCCCUUGCCAGAAGUCAGUGGUUUUACAGACGUAGGCCUAUCAGCUCAGGACCAUGGCAUGAAUUGUGCUUCUGUAAUUGGAAUUAAACAAAAGAAAAAGAGGAAAAAAGACAAAAAUUAUGAGUUGUUGAAGGAACCAGUUGACACCCUGCCAGAAGUAAGUGUUCCUAAAGACCAAAGUCUAUCAGCUCAGGACGAUUGCAUGGACUGUGCUUCAGUAAAUGGAAUUCAGCAAAAUAAAAAAACAAAAAAGCACAAAAGUAUUGAGUUGUUGGGGAAACCAUUUGACACCCAGGCAGAAGUCAGUGUUCCUACUGACCUAAGUGUAUCAGUUCAGAACUCUUUCUUGGAUUGUUCUUCAGUGAGUGGAAUUAGACCGCUGAAAAAGAGAAAAAAGGACAGAAAUAAUGAGUUGUUAGCAGAACCAAUUGACACCCCUCCAGAAGUCAGUGUUCCUACAGACCUAAGUCUAUCGGCUCAGGACUAUUCGAUGAAUAGAGCUUCAGUAAAUGGAAUUAAACAAAAGAAAAAGACGAAAAAGGACAAAAAUAAUUUGUUAGACAAACUAGAUGACCACUUGGCAGAAGCCAGUGUUCCUAUAGACGCAAGUCUAUCAGCUCAGGACUAUUCCAUGGACUGUGCUUCAGUAAAUGUAAUUAAGCAAAAGAAAAAGAGAAAAAAGGACCGAAAUAAUGAAUUGUUGGGGGAACCAGUUGACACCCGGCCAGAAGUCAGUGUUCUUACAGACUUUGGUGUAUCAGCUCAGAACCAUGUCAUGGACUGUGCUUCAGUAAAUAGAAUUAAGCAAAAGAAGAAAAAAAAGGACCGAAAUAAUGAAUUGUUGGGGGAACCAAUUGACACCUACCCAGAAGCCAGUGUUCCUACAGACCUAGGUCUAUCAGUCCAGGACUAUUCUUUGGAUUGUUUUUCAGUAAAUGGAAGUAAACCACUAAAAAAGAGAAAAAAGGACAGAAAUAACGAGUUGUCAGUGGAACCGUUUGACACCCUGCCAGAAAUCAGUGUUCCUUCAGGCUUGGGUCUAUCAGUUCAGGAUUCUUCAGAGGGUUGUUCUUCAGUCGGUGGAAGGAAUUCAAAGAAAAAGAGAAAACAAGGCAAACAUCAAUCUGUGCCUCAGCACGAUGAAGGGGUUGGUAAAAAGGAGGGUAUCCAUAGCCCUAAUCAAGGUUCUGCAUCUUUGGUCUCCAUAGAUACUAAAACUGAGCAACUGACCAGAACUGAUCUUAUUCAAUCCAAUGAUCUUGAACCGAAAAAGGAGGCAGCAAAAAGGGAUUCUAUGAUGUCCGAUGAGAUAGUUGCUUCCGAGUGUAGCGAACGUUCAAGUCCUGGACACAAGAAAACGAAGCAAAGGUUUAUCAAUAUCUUUGACCUACCAGAAGCCAUUGAGAUCCAAACUGUUAAUAGUGAGGAUUUAAAGACUAUUGACUCUGAUGCAACUCCAAAGAAAAUGAAAAAAAAGAAGCGGCAAGAAUUGGAGGUCAAGGCAUCAUUGAUGGAGACAACAGAACAAGUAGAACCACUGGGUACUGUUCAAGAGUUUGAGCAGCAAGCAGCUGAGGUGGUUCUGCCUAAAAAGUUAAAAAAGCAAAAGAAGAAAAAGGACAGAACUGAAACAUUUCAAGAAAAGGAGACGUCGAAAAUCACAACUAUAUCUGGACUUGGACUAAGUGACACAAAAACAUCAAAUACAACAAGCACUGAAAGUGAGACUAGAGGGAUUGGUGAGGAGGAAGGCGCUGGUGGUGCAGAACCAGAGAAGAAGAAGAAAAGGAAAGAGUUGGAAAUCGAUGGAUCAUGGUCGGGUUCUCAAGGCUUGGUAUACUCGCUCGAUACUGAACAGACAACGGCGUUAAAGGAAGCUUCAAGCAGUGGACAGAAACCUGAUGAAGGAAAUUCCACACAAAGUUUGGAAAUGUGGUUAACAUAUGACACCAUGGAGAAAAAGAAAAUAAGAGGAAAAAAGGUGAUGGUUCUCAAUGUAGCCAACAGGUACUGCAAUUGGAAGGUACCACACAGCCUGAAGAAAAGAAGAAGAAAAAGAAAAAAAGAUUGGUGGAUACAAGCACGGAAGUGCAUCACGAAAUCAUUGAACAUGCCGUUUGUCAGGAAAUUGGUUCUCAAUCAGAACUUUCAGAAGCGAUAAUUGAGAAAAAGAAGAAGAAGAAGAAGAAAAAAAAGAAUAGAAAGGACUCAUCGUGAUUGUGGUGAAGGAGAGAUUGGAUGUACCUGAAAGUAGAGGAACAAUUCAAGGUUUUGAUCACCUUCAAUGCUGAAAAGGACAGAAUUUGAAUUUCAGUGGAUGUGUUUUUGGUACAUAUUAAGAAGAAAUUAGAAAGGAGGAAAGUAAGAGACUUGAAUAGUGAUCUAGAGGACAUUGGACAUUUUUUUAUUGCUUUGUUUUUGUGGGUUUUUUUUGUUUUUUACUUCAAAAUGUAAAUUGUUUUAUACCUGCUAUAAAGCAUGAUUGUUUUAACAGAA